AUUACGGGUUGCCGAUACCUUUAUGUGCUGCAAAAUGGAAUUUCCAGAAAAACGGCCUUCCGUGUCUAAGGAGUAUUGUUGUGUCCCUCAGUGUUCUUCAAGAGCAUCUCGAGAUAGAUGUCUAAGCUUUCACAGAUUUCCCAAAAAGGGAAGGAAUAUAACUAUAUUGAAUGAAUCCGGAAAGAAAGAACAGUUUGAAUUGAGAGAGUUGUGGGCACGAAACUUACGGCUUCAGAAACCAGUUUCUCCAUAUAUGGUUGUUUGUUCAAGGCAUUUUUCAAGAGCUGAUUUCUUUUUGCCAGAUUUUCCUGGAAGGAAACACUGUUUGAAGAAGAAUGCUGUCCCAUCCCAAAAUCUCCCAGUUUCUUCUUGUAAGACAUUAGCUGGAUCAAAAGACAAAAGCAGGAGGAAACAGGAAAGGCCAUCUCUUCCCAAAGAGGAAGGAGCAGUGGGUGUUAUUCCACAUCAAGAUGAACAUGAAAUUCGUUUUGAGUAUGUAGGUGUUGCAGAAGGGCAGUUUACAUCUCAGGAACCUGGCUUAUACACUGAGAAUGUGGAUAGCUUAUUGAUUAAAGAAGAAGUUCCUACAGAGCAGAAUUGUGAAAUGGUUUCUGAGAAUGUGGUGGCAUGUUCUGUCACAGAGGAAUAUCCUGUCACAAGAGAACCGGGAGUGUGUUUUGAAAAUGUGGAAACAUCUGAUAGGAAGGAAUAUGGAACCUGUUUCAAGAUUAUUGACGUUAGAUCAAUCAAAGAAGAACCUGCUGUUGAAGAAAACAUCAUUGAAGACCCAUUUGCUAUGGCAGAAAGUAAAAUUUUUGAUGUCUUAUCAAUUAAGAAAGAACAAGAUAUCAAACAAGAGGAACAUGAAACACAGUUCAUGGAGACUGAAGAAGUAAAUGGAGGAGCAGUUGAAAACCUAAAUAUUACAGCGAAAGAAUCUUCUGAAAAUAUGGAUGGUACGCAGAUUAAGGAAGAACAGUCUGAAAUGGAAGGGAACAGGAGCUGUAUUUCAGUUACAGAGAACCAGUUUACUGCUCAGGACGGUAGGAUUUGUUUUAUGAAUAUCAGUCUUAAGGGAGAACAGAUCGUUGAUGACCACUUAAUCACCACGGUUAUGAUAAAGGAAGAGGAACCGGGAGGCACCGAAACAAGUAAAGUGUUAAGUUUUAGUGAACCUGCUGGUGAUGUUAUAUCAUCAUCAACAGAGCAGUGUGAUACAUCCAGUGAUCAUUAUGUCUUACAACCAGAUAGGAUUGAAUGCUGUGAGAAGACACUUCAUAAAUGUGAGAUGUGUGGGAAAACGUUUAAAAGAUUUAGUAGUCUGAAGUCACAUACUGUUUUCCAUGCAGAGGAAUAUUUGCAUGAAUGCAGGUUGUGUCCUCAUAGGUUUAAACUGCUUCGUGACUUGCAGAAACAUUCCCUGUCUCAUGUGGCAGAACUGUCUUUUAAGUGUGAAGUUUGUGGUAGGAAGUUCAAACACUCUCAUCAUCUCAAACAACAUUCUGUCAUUCAUAAAAACGAAGAGGCAGGCAAACAGUCACACGAGUGCAAAAUGUGUGGUAAAACAUUUAUGAAACGUAUAAGGCUUAAUGCACAUGUCCGUAUCCAUACAGGCGAACUUCGUCAUAAAUGCAAUGUAUGUGGAAAAACCUUUCGAUUACACUUUAGUCUCAAGAAACAUUAUCUUACCCAUAACACAAAAUCUAAAAAAUGCCAAGUAUGCCAUAAAACUUUCAAAUGUCUCAAAAUACAUGCUCUAACACAUUUAAAAAAUCGACCCUAUGAAUGCAAGAUCUGCAAUAAUACAUUUGCAUCUUUAAGUGCUCUUAAGGCACACAUUGGUACACAUACAAAGGAUCAGACUCCAGAAUGUGAACUUUGCGGUAAAACAUUUACAACCUUGAGUUCCCUUAAGAAACAUAUCCGUGUACAUACAGGUGAGCAUCCUUAUGAAUGUAAGAUUUGCAGUAAAAACUUCAGAUGUUCAAACCUCCUUAAGGAACAUGUGCAUAUCCAUACAGGCGAACAUCAUCAUAAAUGCAAUGUAUGUGGAAAAACCUUUCGAUUACAUUUUAAUCUCAAGAAACAUUAUCUUACCCAUAGCACAAAAUCUAAAAAAUGCCAAAUAUGCCAUAAAACUUUCAGAUGUCUCAAAAUUCAUGCUCUAACCCAUUUAAAAAAUCGACCUUAUGAAUGUAAGAUCUGCAAUAAUACAUUUGCAUCUCUAACUGCUCUUAAGUCACACAUUGGUACGCAUACAAAGAACCAGACUCCAGAAUGUGAACUUUGCGGUAAAACAUAUACAACCUUUAGUUCCCUUAAGACACAUAUCCGUGUACAUACAGGUGAGCAUCCUUAUGAAUGUAAGAUUUGCAGUAAAAACUUCAGACGUUUAAGUGCCCUUAAGGAACAUGUGCGUAUCCAUACUGGUGAAAGACCAUACCAGUGCAAGAUAUGCAACAAAACUUUUAGGUACAGAAGAACUUUCAGGGCGCAUGCUCAUCUCCAUUCAGAUGAAAGAAAAUUUAAAUGCAGAGUGUGUGGUAAAGGUUUCCAGCUUCAAAGUAGUCUCAAGAAACAUUCUGUUAGUCACACAGAAAAUAAAUCUUACAACUGCAUGCUUUGUAAUGAAAGUUUUAAAGAUCUUCGUGAUCUCAAGAAACAUGUUCUUGUUCAUAUGGGUGAAGAGAUCCAUGAGUGCAUAAUAUGUGACAAAAGGUUUAGAUGUUUAGUAUCGCUGAAGUCACACAUUCUCAUUCACACAGGUGAACGACCAUACAAAUGUGAUGUGUGUAAUAAAACAUUUCGAUGUAAGUCAACUCUUAAGUCACAUUCCUUGAGUCAUUCAAAGAUAGGCCCUAAUGAAUGCGGUAUUUGCAAGAAGUCAUUUAGGAAGCCAAAGUAUUUAAAGAUACACACCUUAAUCCAUCAGUGGCGGCUCAUCCAAUAGGAAUAUAAUGUCAAUACUUAGUUCAUCUUAGUGGAUCACUGAUGCAGAUUAUAUGCAAGGCAACAUUCAUACAUUUUGUGUAAAGAGCACUUUGCCGAUGACAAUUUUUUUUUUCAGCUAAGAAAAAAAUUCACAGUCUUGUGCAUAAAAUAUACAGGUUUUAUUGUAUAAAAUUUGAAAUUGAACAGAAACAAAUUUCAAAAUACUAAGCGUAUGGUGAGCUAUUUCAAG